GAACAACAACGUAUAAAACGUUCAAUGCAACGUGAAACGAUUAUCAUUGUUCAAUGCAGUGUUGGAGCAACAUGAAGUUAGUCAACGUUGUUUUGCUUGUGUGCGCAGUAGCGAUGGCGUCGGCAGCGCCGGCGGACGAACCGCGCCAUUACGACCUCAAUAACGCCCCUGCAAUAUUUGAACAGUUUAUAAAAGACCACAAUCGAUCAUAUAAGGACGAAGACGACAAGAAAGCCCAUUAUGAAGCGUUUGUCAAGAAUCUUCAUACAAUAAACGAGUCCAACAAAAAGAAUCCUACGGCAACUUACGGCAUCAACAAAUUCGCAGACUACACAGCUGAGGAAAGAAAGAGUAUGUUCGGCCUACGAAAGGAAUAAACAAAGUUUACCAGUAUGAAAAUUUUAUUACUUAUAAAAUACGUAUUAUAUUAAAACUUGCAUUAU